UUAAAGGUGUGUGGGUAAGUUUGUCAUGUGUACACGUAUGUAUUAAUAAAAUAUUCAUUACACUGACUAGGUUUCAAUUCGUCCCUGAUAUAAAAUAUAAAAGUUUCUGGUAAAAAAAAAAACUGAAGGUGAUGGUUUGAAUCGAUUUCCUGUCAGUGUCAAUUGACAAUUAUAUUAUUAUAUUAUUGUGUUAAUCAAUAGUUGGGUUAAUUAUUUUGAAUAUUUAAAUAAUAAUGGACGGCAAUAAGGAUGAGGCGGAAAGAUGCAUAGAAUUGGCGGAAAAAUACCUGAGGGAGAAACGCUUCGAUGAUGCUGACAAAUUUGUCAGGAAAGCUAUAAAAUUGUACCCUUCGAAAAAAUAUGAAGAAUUGCUGAGCAAGAUUUCAUUAUUAAACAAAAGUAGUAAAAAAAGUGAACAACCCGAACCAGAAGUACGUAAGAGACAGACUGCGAACAACAAAGAAUCUAGUCAAGCAUCAACCGGUGAUUACAGCAAAGAUCAAUUCGAGCACGUCAAGAGAAUCCAAAAGUGUAAAGAUUACUACGAAAUACUCGGAGUUACUAAAGAAGCAACAGAUAGUGAAAUUAAAAAAGCUUACAAAAAAUUAGCAUUACAAUUACAUCCAGACAAAAAUAAAGCUCCCGGUGCUUCUGAAGCAUUCAAAGCAAUUGGUAACGCAGUAGCAGUACUAACAGACGUAGAAAAACGUAAACAAUAUGACUUAUACGGUUCGGAUGAAGAGAGACUGCAGUCAGCCCAAUCACGGUCAGCUCACACUCAUUACAAUUACACCCGAGGUUUCGAGGCAGACAUCACCGCUGAAGAAUUAUUUAACAUGUUCUUUGGCGGCGGGUUUCCUCAGCAAGAAUUCUACAUGCGACGAACUGGCGGCCGAUGGAUGAGACAAAAUAAUGCACAAGCGCAGCAUACUCACACACAACAAGCCAAUGGUUACACGGCAUUUUUACAAAUGCUUCCGGUUCUAUUGUUAAUUGUCUUAACUAUGAUGAGUAGUUUUUUCAUAUGGGAUCCGUUGUAUAGUUUGCAUCCUAAUUCGAAAUAUUCUGUUCAAAGACAAACACAAGAGAUGAAAGUACCUUAUUAUGUUAAAGAAAAUUUUCAUAGCGAAUAUCAAGGAAGUCUCAGACGUUUGGAAAUUUCUGUUGAAGAAGAAUACGUUAAUAAUUUAAGGCAUGCGUGUUAUCGUGAGAAAAAUUAUAAGGAUUCAAUGGUAUGGAAAGCCAGAAAUUUUGGUGAUGCUGAGUUAUUCCAAAGGGCUAAGAAUCUAGAGACUCCUUCUUGUAAGCGAUUGCAGGAAGUGCAGGCAGCAUAACUGAUUUUUUUUUAAUUAUAUUAAAUUUUAAAAUAUAAAAAAUAAAAAGGCAUUUUCUUUAUUAUUUAUUAAUUGAUUAGUUGGAUUGGUUUACUGUAGAUAGAAUAUGUAAAUUAUAUUUGCGUGCAAAUUCACGACUUUGUUACGUUGACAUCACGCUAUUUUAAAUUAAUAUUGUACUAAUAUAACGAUUUAAUAAAAUUAUAGACAUAUA